GUCACCCUCCUGACCGUUGGUGCUCCUACUAUUCGGUCCGUCUCUGCUCGGCGACGGGACGAAGUCAGCCUCCGUUCCCGGUAAAUAGCUAGUUCAGGUCGUGCCGGUAAUAAUACCAAGAGGAAAGAUGUCCGCUGCUGCUGCCACCGGUCGCUUCAUGUAUUUCGCAUUUGGAAGCAACUUGUUGAGGGAGCGACUGCAGCUGGCGAACCCCUCAGCGACUUUCUGCACCACGGGACGGCUGAAGGACUAUGUGCUGAACUUUGGCCUGUGGGAGAGACAUGUGGACAAUGCGUGGCACGGCGGAGUGGCCACCAUCGAGUUCUGUCCAGGCGCAGAAGUGUGGGGCGUGAUCUGGACACUGAGCAACGAAAACCUCACGAGCCUGGACAACCAGGAAGGAGUGAGUCAGGGAAAGUACUCUCCCCUGGAGGUCUUAGUGGAAACGAAUGAAGGACUGAUGCUCUGCAGGACGUAUCAGAUGAACAACUUCCACGCCUGUCCUCCCUCUCCUCAGUACAAACAGGUGGUGUGCCUGGGUGCAGAGCAGAAUGGCCUCCCAGACGAGUACCUGAAGAGGCUGGAGGCCAUUGAAACCAACACCUACAGCGGCCCCUCAAUCCUCGAUCAGAUCAAAUCAGUCAUGAAGUAGACGUUACAUUUUAAUUUCUGGGUCUUGAACUUGAAAUUGACGAAAACAUAUUAGUUGUUCUGAUAACAUGAAGAACAGGACAAAGUAGAGAAUCGCUAAUGAGCUGGACAUGUGGUGACAAAGAAGUUUGAUCAAAAAAAAAAAUCUCAACGUCCUCAGCUUAGUAGAAUUUAGGGCUUCAACUGCAUCUCUGCCUUCUCUAUUACCUUAAUCAUGCUACAGUGCCAUGCAGAUGUUUCUGUUACUGAGAAUAACUAAGCAUGUAAAAGAUGCCCUCAUUUCCAGAUGGCACAAACUUACAAAUGCCAUGUUUCUGAAAUAUUUUAAGGAGCUUUUAUUUACCCAUUUUAUAGUUUCAAAAUGAUAACAACGAAAAGGGCCCAAAGCACACAUUCAUCCUACAUGGUCAGUACUCAGCAGUAGCUCCGGUGGAAGUAUCGCAGCUUGUAUAAACUCUUUUUGUCUAGUCAUUUACAGCUUGUUUGGCAGAUUUAUUCUCAUUUCUCUUGCAAGAAUGAGCAAAAAUGCGCCAAACAAGCACUCCUCCUCCUGGUUCUGUGAGAUUCUGGGCUGUCUUGCGUGUUUUGAGUUAAAGCCACAGAUUUUUCAAGACAUUUGUGUUGAUUUCUGGGGACUGUGAAAACUAUUGCCAAGUCUUAAGGUGGUUAUUGCAGAUUCUGAGUUGUGUUUGGAUUAUUACCCUGAUCGCGUUGUUUGCUUCCAGAGUUUGCUGCUGUUUUAACUAAAUUCUUUAUCAACUCUACGAAGUCUUCGGAUACUUCACUCGUUUUUCUCCAUAUAAAGCUUUGCUCAUUGCAGCCAAAAGUUCUAUUUCAGCACCAGGACUUUUUACAAAAUACAUCAGGCUUCUUUAGAUGCUCAUUUGCAAAACAAGACAGGUUUUCCUUAGUGAAGCAGGUGUUGCUGCACAGCUGUCUGAUAAAUCUUCCUGUGUUUUGAUUUGCCUUUCUAGUAAUCAUACAAGCAAUUCUCUCUGAAAGUUUUCUUAGCCUCCUGACUUCAUCUGGACCUUCACUCAUCUGAUCAGCUGCCAUUUCUUGAUUACAUUAUGAACCGAGGAAGCAGCUACACGAAAAGCUUCUUCUUGUAGCGUUCUCCUGCUUUUUGGGCAUCAAUUAUUUUAAUUUUUAGAGUGCUCUUGGGAUACUGUUGCUUUGAAAUGCUGAUCGUGAACAAACCAGCUAAUUAGGGGUGACACCUUUGUAGAAGUUAUCCAAGAGCCUGAACCUCUUUGGAUGCAUUAAAAUGUGCGUGGUUCUUAUUUUUUUCCACUUUAGAAUUGUGCAAGAUAAAAUAUAGCACUAAACAUGUUUAAACUGUGCUUCCUAUUUGUGGCAGUUGGAGAUCAGUUCAAUUUUCUACUCACAUCGCUGUUCACAGAGACAUUUUGACUUUCACGUCGCUUUAUAUGUAAUUUCAAUGAUAGUUAAAUGAUGACAAUAUGUAAUAGUGAUGAUGAAGACAGUGAGGUGAGGUUAACAGAAAACCUAUUAAGUGGACUUUGUGGUGAGAUCUUUUGCAAACUAACUUUGUUCUUGUAGACCGACAGUCAGUUCUGAAGCAGAGCUGGCACCACUGUGUGGCCAGAACUUGAUAAUACAUGCAUUUAAUAAUGAGACGUUUGGCUGGGCCCAACACCUUGUCUUAAUUAUUACCAAGUAAUGAAACUCUGUUGACAAAUGUAUUUAAUUUACAGAUGUGCCAGGCAGAAAAAAUGUUUAGCUGCAGUAUUUCUCAGGGGAAUAUUAAACGCCGAUGACACACUCAAGAUUAUACACUUGCCAGCCUUUUAUUGCACAUAAUCCAUUGCCUUUAUUCAAUAUGUUCUGUUUGGCGGAUUGAGGAGAAGAGUGGAGAACGAGUUUCCAGUUGCAAAUGAAAGAAAAAUACCUUGGGAUGCUUAAACAUAGCUUAAUUGAAAAUGAAAUUUUUAUUAUAAAAUGAAAAUAAAAAUUAACCAUUUAUGUAAAAGGAUACCACUUUAUUUUAUACAACACAGUGGCCUUGGACAGAAUGAUAUUUAUUUGUGACCUCUCCCAACAUUUCUCAUACUCUAGGAAUUAUAGAAAAUACAAGUAUAGUACAAAAAACAGCUGUCAGGAGAACAGAAGCUAAGUGGGGAACACCCAGUAUCAUGUUUUAUGUUUUCGUUGAGUCUCUACGUAAAUUUCCACGUCUAUGCAAAUAUGUCGACUCCACAAUGGCACAAAUUAUAAUUUCAUCUGACAACGAAACAAAAGCUCAUGCAAGCAACGUGGUCAACAAGGAGUUCUUUAACUGUGGGAAUUUAUCGAUCGGACAACUCAAACAUUUUUACAUUCUUUAGGAUUUGGCUUGAAAACUGCACGAUGAACAUUCCUCUCAAUAUCUCAAAGGGCUGCGGGAGUUGGUGAAAGAGAAACAAAGACAAAAAAUAAUCUCCUUAAAAAUGUAAAAAUGUGGAGGGGAAAGUGGUGCGAAUGAUCCCAAAGGUGAAACAAAACAUGACAAAUUAAAGCAAGGAGCUGUUCAAAUCUGUGAAGGAAAGCUUUGACAUAAUAAAAUGAACUUAAUAACAUUGUUUUCACUACAAAAUAAAAUACAACUUUGUACAAACAGGCUUAAAUAAAGGGUGUAAAAAGCAGCUACUAGGGGCGCAUCAGUAUUAAAGUUGAAGUCUGUAGCCAUUGUUGGAUGAGAGACUGUAUAGAGCGAAAUACUUGCAUCAUACUAAUUCAGACAAUACAUCUGUGUAUUCAUCAUCAUGUUCCAAAGGAGCAUCAACAACAAGGCUUAGCAUUAAUGUGGAAAUUAGGAUGUAGACCACUGCAACCUACUGAAGUCAGAUGAAGCACUAAUAAUGAAGGCUACAUUAACAAACUGCCUCAGUUACAGGUGAACUUUAAGGAAAUACAUCAUUGUUUAAGAUGUGUCAUGAACUUCUCUAAUGUCUGUCAACAGAAAAGGCCAUCACUGUUUUUUUUAGUCUGUUUUUUAAUCAUACAUUUGUAUUAUUUGCUGUUUUCAGGUUCCAGUUUCACACAUUUUUUUAACUCACUCCAUCGGCUCCACCUGUUCCUCCUCUGCAGCUUUAUCAUUUCCACUUUCAUCCAUCGGCUCAGGUCCAUCCUCACUGUUUUCCAUCUGCUCCGUUUCAUCGUCGUCCGGCAGCUCGGCAGUAUCUGGGGGCUGCGGCUCAGGGAUGAUUAGGUUGUGCUUAACUUUGUUCAGUUCAGUCAUGUUGAAGCCGAGCAGAACUGCAGUCGUGUUCCUCUUGAGACUCCUCAUGCACUUGCUGCGCUUCUUGCUGAACAGCGCUGCCAGCUCUGCUUUGGUGAGCGACAGCCUCCUGCACAGCUCGUCGGUCUCGGCUUUGGUCGCGUAGGGAUUCACGUUGAAGUAUUUCGAUAUGAAGUCUCUGCGCUCUUCGCCGCAGCGCCGCUCCACCGCCGUCGGCUCCAGCAUCAGCUUCACCGAGGGGUCGCUCUGAAUCUCGGCCUCCGGUGGAGGCAGCAACUUUUCCUGCUCCCGCUUCCUGCGCAUGGCGGCCCUUUGUUCUCGCUCCCGUUUGUUGGCCUCCAUGACCUCCCUCCAUGCAGCCUCCAGCCUCUUCUUAGACUGCAUCUCUGCUUCUGUUUCUAGAGGCUGCGGAGGGCGUGCAGCAGAAAUCACACGAGCUGGAGUUAAAGUCUGUUUCAUAGUCAGCCCCUGUGGCACUUGCAGAAAAUAGAGUCCGGAUGCCUGACUGAGCUGCUGAGCUACUCGUGGUGGAUGUUGUGGUACAACUGUAGGUGGUUUGGGGGGCGGUGGUGGUUUCGGUGAACACCGGCAUCGCUGAAUGUGGAGCAUCACAGCCUGCUGGGUGACCUUUCCUGUGUAAACACCGUUGCAGUAUAUGCACUUGAAAGCCUCCGUCUUGAGGAUGGCAUGAAUGGUGGGUGCUACGUAGUGCUUCUGCUUCAGGUGCUGCAGGUGUUCAGAUUCGUGCUGAAACUUUUCGUCACAGAAGGGACAGUACGCACUGUUGAUCUUUACAGGAGCUGGACAGAUUUCUGGCUGGCUGCUGGGCUGCAACUUAAAGAAGAUCAGAUCGAGGGAAUUUGUGACCAAGGCGAGAUUGACCUCCGUGUCUCCUAGGACCUCUUUGGGUGCAGUGGUGUGGACAUCAAAGUAAGGGAACAGGAUCCCUCCAACACCUUUAGAAUAAACCCUGUAUUUCUGCCUCAGGAAAUCACAGUAGGCUUUGCUUGUGGGAUUGUGCUGCUUUACAUGCUCUGCAAGCUGUUUGAUUGAAAAGAACAAAGCUGAGCAGUAUAAGCAAUUCAGGCCGUGCAGCAGGUGUUGGAAGACGCUCUUUUCUGAGAGUAAAAUUUUGCAUGUUAAACAUUUGACAGUUUUGUCAGGCAUUUUCUUCAGGAAUGCUGCUCGUGCCGCCACACUUUCUGACUUUGAUGUAGCGGAUUUAGUCUGGUGUGCGACCUCUGUAUGCAUGUCAAAGACACUGGAAGGGAAAAGUUCAUUACAGAGGGGACAUGUAAUCCAUUUCUUAGUUUGUGGCAAGGUGUUGCUUUGUUGCUCAGCAGUCUUAUGAGGGGUACUUGUGCUCUGAGAACCAGGCAUCGCUACUUGCAGCGGAGCAAAAGUGUACGUGGGCAUGCCGUUCACUUUGUUGCCAGUCGGGAUCAGGUGACUCAGCAGAGACUGUGAAGUCAGCAUUGUACCUUGCAGGGCCGUUUGGUUUGUUGAUGCAUUUUUUGCAGCCACAGCAGGCUUAGGUACAGUCCCAGUUUGAGCUGCCACGUUGGCCUGCAGUCCUGAUGGAAGAAGGAUUUGCUGCGGUUUUGGAGUCAGUUGUGGUGGAGGAGCAGCAGGAGCUAAAGUCACUGGUGCCUGUUUCAGUGACACGUUGGACACUGUGGGAAGCUGGACCAUAGACGGCCCUUGGGGCAAAGCACUUCGGAGGGCUAUCGUGGCACCAGGCUGGAGCAAACCUUUAGCCUCAGCGCUAGCUAGCUGCACUAGCGCUGAUGCUUGAGGAGGCAGAAAAGCCUGGUUACUUCCAGGGGCACAGAUCAGAGUAGUACUGUUUGUAGUUCCUUGUAGCUGCUGUAACGUCAGUACAGUCCCAGCGGGUUGGCCGUUACUCGGUAAGACCAACGGCUUACUGUUGAACGUUUGAGGUUGCUGUGGUUUUGGAGCGAUACUUGGAAAUGUCACAAACAAGCCAUUCCCAUUAGGUGUCGGUUUAAUGGUGUAGUUCUUGUUCUCAUAAAUCAAACUCUGCACUUGUGUGCUGACCGAAUAGUGCGUCGGCUCAACCAGCAUGUGAUGCAACAUUUGGUCUAGGUUUCCAGUGUUCACCUUACACACCUUGCAGCAGUAGACCUUUACAGAUGAACUCCCCUGCAGGUGUAAUCUGUAACCGAUGUACUGCUCUGCCAAACUGUCCAGGUGCUUGAGGAUGAUGUGCUUCUUCAUUGUAAAGACAGAAGACGUCGGAAAUCCACAUCUUCGGCACUGAUACCUCUCGUUUCCACGGUGGGUCGUUAAAGACCCUUCCCUUGACAGCUGUAUGUGAGUGUUUGGCACGGGGAGUUUGGCGUGGAAGAACAGCAUGUGCUUCUUGACAACCUUUGGGUGGCCGAUGAAGAGGCACUGAGUGCAGGGCGCCAGCGCACAGAACGUCUGGACGUAAGCGUGGCAGCGAGACACAUGGCUCCGGAAGUUGUAGAUGUUUUGUGAAGAAUACUUGCACAGGUUACAGCACAGAGAUCGAGACCGAUAAGGCCACUGUGGAGAGAGACAAAAAUUAUUUUAGACAAACAAGCUAAAAUUAAAGUGUGCACAGAUUUGUAACUAACAGCAACAGAUGGUGACAUUUUUAAUUAUUUAACAAAAACACUAAUGUGUGUUAAUUCACCUUCUUAUGCAGUCUGCCAUUGUAUCCAUCUGUGAAGUCAACCCACUCAGUUUCCUGAAAGGCCUCUUCUUCUUCAGAGCUUUUCUCAGAGCUUUCAUUGAGAGUCUGCACAGUGAAGAAUACACAAACAAAUAUUUGUCAUAAGUAACAGCAAACACUUUCAUUCAAAGACCUACAUUCAAGGUGUUUUUUAAAGUAAAUAAGGAUUAGCAUAAUUGUGUUUGCAUUUGCCAGUUUGUUAGCUACAUCUAGCUAAUAUAAUACAGUCCUGCAAUACAUCCUUCCUCGAUGAAGGUUAUAAUGUUUCGUUUUUGUUUAAGCAGUAUGUAUGUUUAGGGAUUUUUUUGCAGUCUAAAUAAAACAAAUUAAGUUUGGUAGUAAAGCAUGUAAUUUGUCCAAACAAACUAAGCACUGCUGCUGUCAGUAGAGCAUCUGUUUACCACCUUGUUGCUCUGGGUAUGUGAUCUGGGUAAAAUACUCUGUUACAUGUUGUUAUAUUAUAUUAUCAAUAUGUCAUAUUGAUGGAAAAAUCCUGUAAUUCAACACGGCCAUAAAGCAGUCCUGAUCUGUAACAGUUAACAGGUGACGCUAUAGUGCCCAACCCUACCUGUUGCUAUAACAACCUCCCUCAAAAAAAAACAAACAAAAAAAAACCACAUAACCCAGAAGAGCUUUCUCUCAGUGUAACCAUCAUGAUAUCAAAUUCAAGCAUGUUUUUAAAACAAUCAGUUUUUCUUUUUAUUUCAAACAGUAAAAACUAAAUUCUCUUAUCAUUUAUUCAUUUAUACUCUGUGAGGCUGCCAUUCGAUCUGAUACGGUGUUGACUGAAUUUACUGUUUUAUUAAUAUGGUACAUGACUUUCUGAAACCUUUUUUGAAAUGAAAUUCAUUAGUUCAUUAACUCAGUUCUGUCUACUGUAAAAAUUGGCAAAGCACACAGAGAAAACACAGCAGUUGAGGUCAGAGGUUUCCGGGUCCAGAGCUGACUAUAAAAUAUGAUGGUCAAAAUGCUAGUAUACUAUCAUAGAAAAAAAUUAUUAGACCACCCUUGUUUUCUUCAAUUUCUUGCUCAAUUUAACGCCUAGUACAACUAAACGUACAUUUGGACAAACAAAUUGUGUUGUAUUUUCUGUCACAUGAUCCACACAGGAGUUAGUACUUGAUUGCAUAACCAUUGUUUCUGAUGACUGCAGCCAUGCGUCUCUUCAUGAUCUCCACCAGCUUCUGACAUUGUUCUGCUGUCACAGCAGCCCAUUCCUGUUGCACAAAUUCUAACUAAUUUACUUUGUUUUUGGGCUUGUGGUUUUCCAUUUUGCGUUUGGUGAUUUUCCACAGGUUUUCAAUUGGAUUUAGAUCUGGUGAUUGAGCAGCCAAGGCGUGGUUCCAAUGUUCUGGUUCUCCAUCCAGGCUUUAACUGACUUUGCCAUGUGCCAAGGGGCAUUGUUUUGUUGGAAAAUCCAGUCAUUGGAGGCAGGAGUUUUCCAGCUGAUGGAAGAAGACUGUUUUCAAGAGUAGCCCUGUGCAUGACCUGGUUCAUUGGCCCUGUUCCACCCAGACUGAAACUACCCCAGAUGGUCACUGAUCCACCCCCAUGUUUUACUGUAGGGGCAGACAGUCUGGUUUGUAGCUUCUCCAGGCUUCCUCCUAACCAGUACAUUGGCUGGAGUGGACAUCAACUGAAAACUGGAUUCAUCACUAAAGAGAACCUUAGCCCAAUCAUCAACAGUCCAAUCCUUGUGAUCCCUAGCAAAGAGUAACCAGGCUUUCCUCUGCCUUUCAUUGAUGAAGAGCUUCUUCCUGUUCUGUGUGACUUCAGACCAGCUUCAAGAAGUCAGUUUCCAACUGUCCUUGCCAAACAAGUCACAUUUCUCUACAGUGUUCACUCAUUUUUAAGGUCCCUGGAGGUCUGACGACAAUUCCUGACACAGGAACAGAUGAGUGACGGUCAUCUCAUAGGGUGGACAGACGCUUCCUGCCGCAACAGCUAGCCAUUUGGUAGUACCAUGUUGGGCUUGUUUUUUCUUGGUCUAAUGAACGGCUGUCUUGGAGAUCUUCAGUUUUUUCACUACCUGUCUCUCACUCAUGCUAAUUUCCAGCAGUGCUAAGAUGGCUGCCUUUGUGGCUUCACAUAAUUCUUUUGUUUUAGGCAUUAUGUGAGAGCAGACAACUUCUGAGUUGUGCUAAGGCUUGAAUGUCAGCAGGAAACCACUCUAGGCUUUUGCAUGUGCAGUGCUGCUUAUGACAUGAAAUAUCCUCUUAUACACCCUGAUAAUACAAUUAGGCUUAAUCAUGUCAAAUAGGACAUAAAGUAUUAUGCAUUUUUUGUCGUGUUCAUUGUAUUCUGCAGGUAAUAUACCUUUAGUGGAACCAGGCAUUAAAAUGAACAAGAAAUUGAAGAAAACAAGGGUGGUCUAAUAAUUUUUUCCAUGACUGUAGUUGACAUCAUGUCGGCCAUGUUUGAUGUUUGAAUUUUUAACUGCACUUACACUUGCUUGACACUCGGUGGUCUUUUUUAUAGUUCACUGAAGCAGCUGAUAUGCAGCAUCUCAGUCAAUGAAUGUAUGAAGCGUGGCUUGAAAAUAAUCACACUGAUGCUGUAAUUUAAUUUACUUAAAUGGUUGAAAGUUUUAGUGGUUGUAUACGCUUGUCCAUUAAUCAUUGUAUAUUGUUAUGGACUUGGAAAGCUCACAGCCUGACUCUCAGAUCAGGCUCAAUCCGCAGCACCUGUGAGAUGGAGCUCGGCUGUGUGCUGUUGCCAAUCAGCUGGAUGGGGAUAUAAGGAGGGAUCACCCAACUGCUCUGUUGGUUGUGGGUAGGUGAUCUGGAAGGUUUGACACCAUCAGUCGGCCUGCUUCUGGAAACCUAAGUGUCUUUGUGUUGUGUCAGUGUACAGAACCCAGCACUUCUUUGCUUUUGUUUUGGGGAAUGCUUUCCUUUUAAGGGGUCUUAGUUUUUGUUUGUUUUACCACCUUUGGUAGAUUUACUGGGGGAUAGUGGUAUUUAACCAUACACUAUCCUCUUUUAGACCACAGAACCCCGUUUUCCGUUUAUUGUUUGUGCAGUUUUUGUUAAUUUCCCCCGCAAACAACCUUGGUUCAUUUAGUUUGUCUGAGACAAGAGGGGGUGAAACGUAACAAUGUGAUGUGGUUUGCACAUGCAUGGUUCAACUUACAUAAGCCCAGUCGCAUUGUUUAGCAGCCACACCUCAUACAAGAAAGUAGCUUUGGAUUAGCUGACUUGCUUUGUGUUUAAGUGACAUAUGAAAACUAAAAUUAAUUCUCUGGUGUUAACAGAUUGGGUGACAGUAGGUCUGUGAAACCUUCUAAGGAACUUUCCAAUUACUGUGUAAGGUGUCAGAUUCUUCUCAUUAUCAUUGCAUCCUUAAGCAUAGAGCAGGAACUCUUAAACAGAAACACAAUUAACAUAAAUCACCAUGAACAGCAGAGUCCCAACUUGAGCUUUUUUGAAAAAUCCUAUCACACACAAAUAACAGAGAAAAUACCUAAUUCACACUGUAAGUCUAUCUGACCCUCAGACUGCACUCAAAUUUGGCACAAACCAGAUAUUUCUUUUGGCUUAUUUGUGCUAUAGAUCUGCAUUUGCCAUCACAGUGUGAACAGCCCAAAUCACAUGGACUCUUCUGACUUGUGCCACUUCCAUAUGCGCUCCUGUUUUUUGUUGCUGUUUUUUGCAAUGCAUCCUCAAUCUGAGCAGUCAUGUUGGAAUUCACAUAGCUUCUAUGUCACCCUUGAUCAACAUUCGUCAUAAUUCUGCACUAGAGGGAGUCACUCAGAGAACAUAAAAGUGAAAAAAGGCUGCGCAGACAGCAGCUGUCAAGCAUGCUAACCUUGAAGUCGCUGCCGAAUUGAUAUCAAUCAAGCUGAUGGCAGCUGACAACUAGCUGUGGCUUCAUCUGAUUGCCAAAGUGGGUGAAUGGACACAUUCAGGAUUCCACCUGAUUGGCCUAAUAUUCACUGAGCGUGCAUGCAUGUAACUAAGUUGUUUUUUCCUUGUUCAUUGCAUUUCAUUGCAGUCUUUUGCCAUGUGCUUAUUGUGCUUGACACUGGAAUCUGAUACUGGCUACAUUUAAAGAGUAAUGUGAACAGUCAAACAAAAGAUUACUUAAAUUCAAUUUAAAAAAUGGAUCUAAGCAAUUAAAAUCCGAAUUUAGCACCAAUCCUUGCAGUUAGACACAUGCACGAUCAUGCUACACGAUAACAUACCUUCAGCAGGUUCUGACAGUCUUCCAGGCCGAUCUCGCCUAGGAUGCUCUUCACCGCUUUCCGUGCCUUUCUGAUCUUCUCAAUAUUUAAAACUGGGGCUUGAUACAUGAUUCCUCACCAGCCUGAUGUAGGAAAACAAGUUUGGAUUUGUUAUGUAGCACAAAGUAUACAACUAUCUGUAGCCUACUUAUCUAGAUUACGUUAAAUUGUGCAUCAAUGUGGUGUCUAGGCCUAAAUAAUGCAUCGAUUGCAAAUCAAAUCAUUUUUAACAAUGCAAAUUGCAAAUGCUCCAAUUAAAGAAACAUUAUACAGCAAGUCCUCUGCAGGGUUGACACAGUUGGGUGAAUAAUUUAACAAAUUCCUGUCUGCCUCCUUGUUUGACAGUCAUGCUUUUGAUGGUGUCUCAUGUAGUAAAAUGCCAUCACAUUCUUUAAAUCCACUGCAUAGUGAAUACAUAAAAAAAUUAGGAAAAUAUAAUUGUAGUCUUUAAAAAGUAGAAAUUACACAUUUCCCCCUAAAUUGUAAGCCUUAAUUAUGUCACAACAUUUACUGUCAAAUUCUAGAGAGUAACCAUUAAUUAAUUUUUAAAAAAAUAUUAUUUUUAUUGAUUACAUACACUGGUGAAGCAAGCAUAAAAUAACACAGACAGAAUAACAAAGAUCAACACAAUCAAUAAAGUUAGAUCAGCGUCUCCGUCAACCAUGCAGCAGGAACAUCAACAUCACUUUAUAAUAUAAUGGUAGAAUGCAAAAAGCACAAAAAACGCACAUGAAAACUGCUUAAUGCAACUUGUUAUAACGAUGUAGAUAACUAUUCAGCUGCAGCAUAAACAUAUCAUGCACAUCAUCAUUAUGUAUUUACUAAUACCUCGCUAAAAAUGUCACAGGGUGAAAGUCUUGCAUGCAUGCUUGAACAUGGAUAUUAUGUGUGAACACGCGUUGUGCUAAAACAAAAACACAACAGCUACUGUGCAACAGCUGAUUUCACUGCAUAUAAAUACCAGCCAGUCACUGACGGGUAGCACGGUUAUUUUCAGUCAGAUAAAAGUGUGGGAUUUAGAUCACCUGCAAACUAAAAGCUGCUCCCUCAUACAACUGUCACCAUGCUAACAGCACAGUGUGCGUGUCUGCCUCAUUCUAGACGUUAAACCGCCUCUGGUAGCACGCUGACAGCAACAAGCCGGGUCACUGAGCCGGCGACCGCGCAUCUCCCUACUUGAGGAUGCCCACAGCCUCCUCGCACAUAUUUACCUCGUCCAAUUUUCAGCGUAGAUUAACGUUAGUCGUCGCUGUGCCUCCUCCGGCAGAGCUAACGUCUCCACUUCCACCGGCCCGCAACUGUGUGUGUCGGUGAGCUGCGUCUGCUGCCGGCGCGGCGCACACACUCACCCGAGCCGCAUCCUCCGUCCGCACACACCGGCGCACGAAGACCGUAGUCAGAUAUGAAAGGUGAUAUUUUGCGAACGCACCCCCGAGAUAAGUUAUUUUUGGUCCCGCUUUUGUCCCUUUCUUCCCCUAUUGAGGAAAAAAUGGCGCUCAAGUUCAGGAUCUGACGUAGCCGCCUGAUUUGCAUACAGCACAAACUGACCAAUGGGAGGCUUGUCAUCCUAAAAACUUAAUAACUUUUUAUUCGCUCAUUAAGACAACCAGCGUGGUUCCGGAGUGUCCAGGUGGUGCAGUUUGUGAUCCACUUUCUGAAUUUCAUGUAAUACCUGAGUUAUUAAGUGGAUUUUUUUCAUUCUGCAACAAAUAGCUAGGUAGGGGGCGUGGCUAGUAGGACCCCAACUGGCUGUCACGUGGUACAUGACUAAGCCUAACCAAUAGGCUGUCGAGAAAAUGAGCUAAAUGGGUGGUCCUUGAGCUGUGACGUCACAUCAUGCAACUUUUUUUAGCCAAUUAUAUUGAACCACCAUUUUUGUUAGCAGAAGAGGAGAAAUUGAUAGGUUGCAUGAGUUUUGGUUAGCAUAGCAUAAAAUAGUAGGAGAUUUUAAUAUACUUAGCAUUUCCAAAAAACCAAAAUGACUAGCUACCAUCGCAUAGCAUUCUAUACCGAUUGCGAAACUUUAUUUUAAAUUUUUAUGUGUAGUGACACCUACUUGUGAAAGUCGAUUACUUUUUUUUUUUUUUUUUUUUUUACAUUUUAAGUUUGGCCUUCCCAGCUAACAGUUUGCAAGCAUGUUAAUUAGCGCACAAGUUGAGCACAUGGCUAGCCACUUGUCUAAUUUGGGCCUACCAGUUAACCUUUACAAAGGUCAGGUUGUCUGCAGACAAAUCGACAAUUUACUCAAGUCCACAGCUCCUUCAUUGUGGACUUGUGACCUACAACUUCCUGUGUUAGCAGUCUAUGUUACCAUUUUUAAUGAAUGAAUCAUUUAAUUAGCUUAACACAGGACCACAAGCCAAAUGUCUGUAUAUUCCUUCAUCAAAAUCAAUUGUUGCUGUAAACAGUCAUGUCAAAUCUCAACUGGACCAUUGUGGCAAGAUGCGUGUUUGGAUGAUGUAACGACCUAAUUAAAAUUUUAACAAAUGA